AUGAAGUAUCUUCCUGUACAAGACUUUGAGGCCGUCACUGGCGCUCUCAAUUUUAACACUCCCGACUGCAACGUCACCGGCGGUUGCGACCUUUAUACGACCAAGUCUACCGGCUCCGAUAAAAAGCUCUACAAGAACAUUGACAAGGACCUUAGCUCCCAACAUGAAGCUCUUGUCAAGCUCGGCGCCAGUUUAUCGCCGCCUGAGCGUGAACACAUGCUGGCCUCCUCGCCAUCAAUGCAGCUCUUCUCCACUUCGAGUCCUUUUGGCCCCCUCUCCGAGCUCUCCAGUCGCCGCACGUUUGCCUAUAUGAUUGCCACGCUGAAUGCCUCGCAUCCCCAUUACGACUUUUCCCACGUUCUUCGGCCCGGCGACUUUAAGCGCGAGCGCAAUCUGCGCCGCGUCAUGGCCAACCUCGACUCAAUAUUGCAAAACGUCCGCCCAUCCUCCACCUUUGAGCCUACAUCACUCAAUUCAUCAUUCGGAUCCGAAACGGGCUCAUUCUGGGGACCACAGUGCUGGGCACUCAUCGACAAGGAGAUGCGCCUCAAUGAGUGUACCAUCUUCCGAUACAAUCCCGAGACCGACCCCUUCGAAGAGGACGAAAGCGCCAUCUGGGCCGCUCACUACUUCUUCUUCAACCGCGCUCUGAAGCGGGUGGCAUAUCUAUACGUUCGUGUUGUGCCCGUCAUUUCCUCCCAAAGUCCGUCGCUUCGGCCUACACGUGUCGCCGGGGGGUACGGGCACAAGAUGGGUGUACUGAGUGGUGGCGAUAGCGUUAUAAGCCGUUCAGCAGGCGCUGAGAAGCGUGCAACAUACUGGCUGAGUGACCGCGACGCCGAGCUGGUAAUACCGCCGGAAGACGACGAUGAGAUUGGCGGUGACGGCCUGUAUUGGAAUAGAGGGGAAGAUGGGGACAUCGUUGCCUUUUCCGACGACGAUUACAUGGAAGACGAUGAGGAAGAUGACUUUGACGGCGUUGAUAUGCUGGAUACGCCAAGAGAGAGGUUCAUGAGCGAGGAUAUCGCGGGCAGAAUGGAGAUUUGA